UGUAACAAAUAUGAGGCAUGCAAAAUUUAUAGCUAGAACAGUGUUUGUACAAAAUAAUAAUCUUGAGGAAGCCUGUCGUUUAUUAAAUAGAAUUUUGGGUAAGGAAGAAAUAUUUGAUCAAUACAGAAGAACCAGAUAUUACGAAAAACCAUACCAGGUUCGCCGUAGGAUUAAUUAUGAAAAAUGUAAAUCAAUAUAUAACGAAGACAUGAAUAGGAAAAUUCAAUUUAUAUUAAGGAAAAACCGUGUUGAGCCUUUUCCUGGGUGCAAAUAAUAUUUUUGAUAGGCAAAUGAAAAUUAAAAAUGUCUAAUAUUCGAUCAAAAAUAAA